ACAAGCAUUGCUAGAAUAGAAAAAUCGCCAGGAUUGCCAGGAUAAGAAGAAGCUCAAGCCCACAAGACACGUUUGUACACUCGCACCAUUCGUGCAUUUGCGCCGAAGAGACACCAAUACAAACAUCACAUUCACCUCUUACUACCUUCACGAGCAACCAACAACACCAACACCAACACCACCCUUCCAAACCACAACAUCCAAAAUGGCCAUCUCAACACAAGCCAUCAACCAACUGCGUCGCUACUCCACACACAUUCCCCGCGACCCUCACUACAGACUCAAAGCCACACUCGCAACCGGAUACGUCGUGUCAGCCCUUGCGCUACCGUUCGUGCCGCCACUACUAGAGACGAGGCGAAGCAGGGCUGAUGGCUCGGAUCUGACACGGGAGAACGUGUACUGCUCGUCGCACUAUUUGGGGUGCGCGAAAUGAGUUGGUCGUCUCUAG